AUGUCCAUGCAGGCUGAACCGCAAUCCCACGAAACCGAAACAACAGCUAUUAAUCAGUCAACAAAUCCCACGGCCGAGGAUGUUGAAAAACAAAAGACGAACGAAUCUGGGCAGACUACGACCAAGCAAUCAGCCUUUAAAGGGCUCGGCUGGCUAGAUCGUUUUCUGGCCGUAUGGAUCUUCCUUGCCAUGGCCAUCGGAAUCAUCUUGGGAAAUUUUGUGGAAAGUACGGGACCGGCCCUCCAGAAGGGAAAGUUCGUUGGGGUGUCUGUUCCCAUAGCGAUCGGUCUCCUGGUCAUGAUGUAUCCUAUUUUGUGUAAAGUGCGAUACGAGUCUUUACACCACGUCUUCCGAGAGCGUGGUAUUUGGAUCCAGAUUGCAUUUAGUGUCUUUGUUAACUGGAUUAUUGCGCCUUUUUUGAUGCUCGCACUGGCAUGGGCUUUUCUACCAGACGAACCGGAGCUUCGAGAAGGUUUGAUUUUAGUUGGACUGGCCAGAUGCAUUGCUAUGGUUCUUAUAUGGACCGGUCUCGCUGGUGGCGAUAGUGAAUACUGCGCUAUCCUCGUUGCGGUUAACUCACUACUGCAAAUGGUGCUCUUUGCACCCUUGGCCAUUUUCUUUAUCCAGAUCAUCAGUCAUUCUGGUAGUCAAGUAACACUAUCUUACUCGGCCGCUGCCACAAGCGUGGCAGUUUUCCUUGGCAUCCCUCUUGGUGCUGCAAUCAUUACUCGCAUUGCCCUCCGAAAGUUCACCAGCCCACGUUGGUACGAUCAGGUUUUCCUAAAGUGGGCUGGCCCAUGGUCGCUCCUUGGACUCCUCUUCACGAUCCUGGUGUUAUUUGCAUCCCAGGGCCGGCAGGUGGUUCAUCAAAUUGUAUCGGUGGUCCGCGUUGCCGCUCCGCUUAUAGUUUAUUUUGUCAUUGUCUUCUUCGUGACCCUUCUUGUGACCUACAAGCUCGGGUUUGGUUACAAGUUAGCUGCCACACAAAGUUUCACCGCCGCCAGCAAUAAUUUCGAGCUUGCGAUUGCUGUGGCUGUCGCGACAUUUGGUGCCAACGCGCUUGCCUCUACUGUCGGGCCACUGAUCGAGGUCCCGGUACUGCUUGGCCUUGUCUAUGUCGUCAAAUUCAUAGCCAAACGAGUUGGCUGGAAGGACUGA